AUGAAUACAGGAAAUACUCUGGAUAGUAAGUUUGUGACCGAAGGUUCGUGGAGGCCUGAGUUAUUUAAGGGUAAAGUGGCAUUUGUCACUGGCGGUGCUGGAACCAUAUGCCGAGUGCAAACAGAAGCAUUGGUUCUUCUCGGUUGCAAAGCUGCUAUUGUUGGAAGAGACCAGGAAAGGACACAGAAAGCUGCAAAAGAGAUUUCAGGAUUGGUGAAAAACGAUGAUGCAGUUUUGCCCAUCGCAAACGUUGACGUUCGUAAUUUUAAACAGAUGGAGGAUGCCGUUUUGAAGACCGUAAAGAAAUUUGGUAGGAUAGAUUUUGUUAUUGCCGGCGCUGCUGGCAAUUUUGUCUGCGAUUUCGCAAACCUCUCUCCAAAUGCCUUCAAAUCUGUUAUUGACAUAGAUUUAUUAGGGAGUUUCAACACGGCAAAGGCAUGCCUAAAGGAACUUAAAAAUUCAAAAGGUUCUAUUCUUUUCGUCUCUGCUACUUUCCAUUAUUACGGUGUACCUUUCCAAGGACAUGUCGGAGCCGCCAAAGCUGGCAUUGAUGCCUUGGCUAAGAACCUAGCGGUUGAAUUAGGCCCUCUAGGAAUACGCUCCAAUUGCAUUGCUCCAGGUGCUAUAGAUAACACAGAAGGUAUGAAAAGAUUGGCCGGAGCCAAGUAUAAAGAAAAGGCCCUGGCAAAGAUCCCCUUACAAAGGCUUGGAUCUACAAGAGACAUAGCCGAAUCAACCGUCUAUAUUUUUUCGCCUGCUGCGUCUUACGUCACUGGUACUGUCUUGAUUGUCGAUGGUGGUAUGUGGCAUUUAGGAACUUAUUUUGGACACGAACUAUACCCAGAAACCCUAGUCAAGAGUAUGGCAUCAAAACUGUAA